AUGGACGUGAGGCCCCGAACCCUCGCGCUCUUCGUGCUUGCUUCCUUCGCCUUCGUUUCGGUCGCCUUCGUGGUGUAUACUGGUGGGUGGUGGGAGGAGGCGGAAGGGGAGGGCGCGGCGACGCUGCGAAAGGUCAUGCGCUCCGUAACCCCGCUGUCAGCGCCCAGGAUGAUGGAUCUGCCUCAGAACCCUCUGUCUCUAAUUGCGGGACUGAUGUGGAUUGGCUUGAAAAAUGGACAAUAUUUUCUUAUGCAUGUUUGCCAAGAUUCUGAUGAGCUGAGCACAUUUGGGUGGACAGCUCACAAUGGUAAGGAUUAUGGACGUCAAGUGCUGGUUGAUCAUGGCCUAUUCUUGACUACUAGUUUUCUGAAAGAGAAAGGAGAGAACAGUGGUUAUGGUGGAGACUGGGCAGUUCGAUUGGAUGCUAACAAGGAUGGAAAGAAUGACAGGUCUGAAUUGUUUUCUUCGUUGCCUGAUCCCAGCUCAGUAGGAUAUCACCUGUGA